AUGAUUCCUGUAAAUCUCGUUGGGGAAGUUUACCAAUUUUCUAUUCAAACACCAUCAAAUCCAAGUCGUCCAUCACCAAUGACAAGUACACAUUCAUCAUAUCGACAAGCUCCAUCAACAUCAAUAUCACUUUCAUAUCGUCAAGCAAGUGUAUUACCAGGUUUUCGUCCAAUAAUUCAAACAAAUUCAUAUUCACCUGAACAUGAUGAUGUUGAUGAUAUAAGUACAAAUAUUAAUUCAAUACCAUUAACAAUCAAUCGUUCACGAACAAAUACACCAUUUGGUUCACAUAAAUCACUUUCAGAAUCAAUUCAAUCAUUAAGAUCAAAUCAACAACAAACAAUGCAACCAUUACCUAUUAAAAAACGUUUACAUGAUCAAUCAGCACCACGGGUUUAG